GCCGACCCGUAUUGAGGUUUCCGGUGCGCCUGGGGAGAGACGGGUGUAGCACUGCGGCAGCCGGCAGCCCGUCUCCUCAGCGCUGCUCCCGACAGCUGUGUAACACGCUGCUGCCCGUAACAAAGAUGGCCACCCACUUCCUCCCCCUCAAGCCGUAACCCGGCCGCUUUUGGCAGCCGCUGGAGACUCGGCGGCAAGUUCCCACCGGACAGGGCAGCGCUCCCCGCCGCCACAUGGCCGAGGAUGCCGGCUCUGCCCACCGCCCCGCCGCAGGCAGCAGCAAAGCGAGCGAGCGGCGAGAGCCGGUGGCGGCUGCCGGACAGGUUCUGAGGAAAAAGCACUUGAAAGAUGUGCAUCUACAACAAGUGUCUGUAAGAAGGUUUGCAUCAUUCAAUCUCUUUUCAAUAGAAGACCAGAAUACAGAAGAGGAAACUGGGACCUGGGUUCAAUACAAAAGCAUCUUUUACCCUGAAUAUAGCGUGUCCUUAAGAUUUCACAAUGGACUCCUGAAUGUUCAAGAUGUUCUUACAAGUUUUGACAACACAGGGAAUGUCUGUCUCUGGCCAUCUGAAGAAGUGCUGGCCUACUACUGCCUGAAGCACAAUGAAAUAUUCAGGGACCUUGCUGUGUGUGAGCUAGGGGGUGGCAUGACAUGCUUGGCUGGGCUCAUGGUUGCUAUUUCUGCAGAUGUCAAAGAAGUUCUGUUAACUGAUGGAAAUGAAAAGGCCAUCAAAAAUGUAAGUGACAUCAUAACAAGAAACCAAAAUGCAGGCGUGUUUAAGGCUCAGAAAGUGUCAAGCUGCAUUUUACGAUGGGAUAAUGAGACAGAUGUCUCUCAACUGGAAGGACAUUUUGACAUGGUUAUGUGUGCUGACUGCCUGUUUCUGGACCAGUACAGAGCUAGCCUUGUUGAUGCAAUAAAGAGAUUACUCCAACCCAGUGGAAAAGCAAUGGUAUUUGCUCCACUCCGAGGGAAUACUUUAAACCAGUUUUGCAAUCUAGCUGAAAAAGCUGGUUUCUCUAUCCAAAGACAUGAAAAUUAUGAUGAACACAUUUCGAACUUCCACUCCAAGUUGAAAAAUGAAGAGAAAGAUACAUAUGAGGAAAAUCUGCAUUACCCUUUUCUUCUUGUUUUAACCAAACACAGAUAGAAGAUGGCAUUUGUUUGUUUGUUUGUUUAAGGUGGACUACUGAGUAUUAAUCCAUGUGUGUGGAUGGACAGGGAGUAGGGAGGGUUCAGUUUGCCCCCAUUUUGCUCCUGAGCCGUCAUUAGAGAAAUCAGCAUUUCUAAUCUAAAUGUUGAGGAAGAUGUGGUGGCUUGUUUCACAUUAUGUAAACAUUUAGACAUCUUUUUGGUAUCAUUUUGGAACUUAUUUUUCCAAUUACAGUCCAGCCUAAAGCCAAUCAGACUUCACAUGUAUGCAUUAACAAAGAUGUAAAACUGGCUUCUUGCUCUUUGUGCCUUUCAACUUGCAUAUACUUUGUUCAAAAAUGUGUGAAUAAUAUACUUUGUGGGCCUAUAUAACUGAUUGUAAAGUAGUAAAUGCAUUCACAUUUAAUUAGUAAGGACAUAGUUAUCUUAAGAUCUUUUAAAAGUG